CAGACAAGCAAAAUAGAUCAGGCAAAUGAAGCAGGAGAAGCAUUCUCAAAGCUUUACUAUGAAAACUUUGAUAAACGGAGACAGGUGCUUGGUAAGAUGUAUAUGGACACAGCUACCAUGGUCUGGAAUGGUAAUGGUGUAACAGGUACAACAGACAUACUCAAGUUCAUAGAAGAUCUGCCAAGCAGCGAACAUAAAGUGGAAUCUCUAGACUGUCAACCUUUAGGUGACCACGUUACAAAAGGACAAACAUCCAUCAUAGUUACAACCAUGGGCUCAGUGAAAUAUGAGGGGAACACAGCUAAAAUGUUCAACCAAAACUUUAUGCUCACAUCACAGGAAAAUGUAUGGAAAGUGGUCAGUGAUACAUUCAGGACUUCAGAGUGACAUUUGUACACAAGCAACAGGAAAUGUAGAUUUGAGGGGAAGGAACUUUAACAGGGAUAUUGCACUAUCCACGGAAAUGUCCUUGAUGUAUACUCAUGUCAAAGGUCCUAUAAUGUGCACAGUCUAGGAAACAUGGACAAUACUAGUGAUAGGAUCAGGACUUGAAUGAGGCAGGGUUAUAUACAGAGGAUUACAUGGGAUUAUCAAAACUAAUGUCUAGUUGAAAGUUAAAGACUUGAGUUCUGUUUAUCAUUCUGCUAUGCUGCUCUCAAAGCCCAUUGACUGGGGUUUGUACAAACUGGGCAACAUGUCAAAAUACAUAUGAAUUGCAUCUAACAUAUUUUAUGAGUAAGAAUAAAGUACAUGUUUAUAUUUAAAACACAA